AUGGUCUCCACCUACCGGGUGGCCGUGCUGGGGGCGCGAGGCGUGGGCAAGAGUGCCAUCGUGCGCCAGUUCCUGUACAACGAGUUCAGCGAGGUCUGUGUGCCCACCACCACCCGCCGCCUCUACCUGCCUGCUGUCGUCAUGAACGGCCACGUGCACGACCUCCAGAUCCUCGACUUCCCGCCCAUCAGCGCCUUCCCUGUCAACACGCUGCAGGAGUGGGCAGACGCCUGCUGCAGGGGACUCCGGAGCGUCCACGCCUACAUCCUGGUCUACGACAUCUGCUGCUUUGACAGUUUUGAGUACGUCAAGACCAUCCGCCAGCAGAUCCUAGAGACGAGGGUGAUCGGCACCUCGGAGACGCCCAUCAUCAUCGUGGGCAACAAGCGGGACCUGCAGCGCGGCCGCGUGAUCCCGCGCUGGAACGUGUCGCACCUGGUGCGCAAGACCUGGAAGUGCGGCUACGUGGAGUGCUCGGCCAAGUACAACUGGCACAUCCUGCUGCUCUUCAGCGAGCUGCUCAAGAGCGUCGGCUGCGCCCGCUGCAAGCACGUGCACGCCGCGCUGCGCUUCCAGGGCGCGCUGCGCCGCAACCGCUGCGCCGUCAUGUGA